GCUUGCUGUGUAGCAGAGAGACGCUGGUAAUAACGUGUAUUAUGAUGAAUAUUGAAUUAAAGCUGUAAUUAAUCACAGUCAGUCUGAGGAGCGCCGGUUAUACCGCACUGUGAUGGAUGUCACGCGUGAGGAAACAGAGCUAGAGGACGGUGAGAUUUGUGAUGAUGAACCAGAGGUGAAACAGCGGCCUGUCGGGAGCAGGAGAGCCCGGUCCUGCAAUCUCAGAGCCGGUCACCCAGCUGUAGGAAACCCGCAGGAUUACCGGCCUUCUGGACCCCCACCUGUACCGCACCCGCUCCCGUUACCCUUCAGACCGGCUCCGGACCGCCCCGAUCCCCCCGCUCUCCGCAGCGGCUUCUGGGAGCGCAGCCACCGGACACUCACCAAAUUUCGCUACCGGGACAGAGCGCCUGAGAUCCGGCCUGAGCGAGCCCGAGCUACCGGAAGAGCAUGGAGCCUCCAGCAGCACCGGCACCGCGACCCCAACAACGCAUGGAACAAGAAGGCAGCAGGCGGCCGGCCGGCGAGCAGAAAGGCGUCUCACGGCUCCUCCAAAUCAGAGAGCAGCAUGGACGAGAGCUUCGAGGAUCUGCUCAUCAAGUACAAAGAGAUCCAGCUGGAGCUGGAGUCCAUCCGGAACCAGGAACGAAGAGCGCUCAAACCCGGUCAGGACACGCCACCCGCAGAGUGCGAGGACAUGCCUCCCGCCGCCGACACCCAGCAGGAAACGGAACCCGCCCAACAGGAAGUGAAGGAGCAGAUACCAGAGAAGAAAGUGUUUCAGUCCUUUAACAUUCGGCCACUUCGCCAAAAACUUCUUCUACCUGGACAGAAACACGCCCUCGACGCCACGCCUACACAGGAGGAGAAGAAAGAGGAGGAGUCUAAAGAGGCGGGGCUGGAUGAGGCGGAGCCUAAAGAAGUGGAGCAAAAGGAGACAGACAACACUCCGAAUGAACCAACAGCUCCAAUCGAAGCUAAAGAGGAAGAUGAUGAAUUAAAUCUGAAAAUCUUACCGAGUAACGAGAAGAAGGGAAAGGAGGAUGAUGAUGAGCUGUCAGAGUUACAGUUACGCUUGUUGGCGCUACAGUCUGCGAGUCGGCGUUGGCAGCAGAAGGAGCAGCAGGUGAUGAAGGAGAGCAAAGAGAAACUGAACCGGACCAAAACCCCUCCCGAAUCCUCUCGGGUCACAACCAGGUCGGCAUCGGCCGGGAGAGGACGAGUUCAGGAGAAGGGCAAACCCGCCGGUAGACUGGGCACAGAGCGGGCCAAAGCAGCACCUAAAGGACACCCUGCUAAACACUCAAUGAGCCCUGCAGUGAAGCAGUCCUGGAGGAAGCAGCAGGUUCAUACGUGGAAGCUGCAGCAGCAGCAGCAGAGACAAAAGAAUGAAGAGGAGGAGGAGAAGUGGAAGAGGGAGGAGGAGAUCCGGAAGAUACGAGACCUGUCCAAUCAGGAGGAGCAGUACAAUCGCUUCAUGAAACUAGUGGGUUCCAAACUGCUCUCACAGACCAGGUCUUUGGACUCUGAGAACAGGAAGUGUGUGCUGAAACAGGGACUCGACUCUGCUGGUAACCUGUACCAGUAUGACAACUAUGAUGAGGUUGCCAUGGAUACAGACAGUGAGGCCAACUCCCCAGCCGUGUCUCCGGUACAUGAACCGUUUGCCAAAGAGUUCCCGGUUAUUGCAGCACCUGAGCUCCUUCUUGGCCCCUCCCCUUUCUGCCAGGAUGUUUCUCAGUGUAGUUUGGAAUCAGUAGGUGGGGUUUGUCUAACCCCGCCACCUCCGCCUCCCCCACUGCCCCCUCCAGAGGAAUCGGAACGUCCCCCCAAACCCCCGUUUGCUGAUGAGGAGGAAGAGGAGGAGAUGAUGCUCAGAGAGGAACUUCUGAAAUCUCUCGCUAGCAAACGAGCAGUCCGAGUAGAGGACACGUCCAGUAACAGCGGCCCCCCCUCUCCCAUGAGGCCUGUAGCUCCGCCCCCUGCCAAAGCCCCCGCCUCUACAGUGGGUUUCGGCGGCGGUGCCUCCCUCUCACGCGGCUCCAGCAAAUACAGCAAAGGAGCUCCAGCAUCAAGAGUGGCGCUGGUGUUGCCGAGACACAAAGCCGUGGUGGUGCGUCUAAAUGCUUCUGAUGACAGCGAUUCUGAGAUCGAAGCCCCCAGUUCAGUGCAGUGUGUGUUUGGACUAGAGUCCAUGAUUAAAGAGGCUCGUAGAACCGCAGAGGCCACCCGACCCCGAGCUGUACCCACCGCUGAGAAGGAGAACGAGCCACUCCGCACCCCUGAAGCUUUACCUGAGGAGAAAAAGAUGGAGUACCGCCUCCUGAGGAUGGAGUUAACCAGUCGGGAGAAUCAGCGAAUCAGUAAAUCAGACGCUGCAGUUUCCUCUCUGGACUCGACUGUCGACGCAGCAGAAAAACCAUCAGAAGUGCAGAACAACAACGAGGAUAAACUCACCAAACACCGUGCUCAGUUACAGAAGGACCAGGUUGUGCUGGAUCAGCUCCAUCAGCAGGAGAUCAGGAAGAAAGAGGCUCUGAAGAUGGCCGAGGCAAAAGUGCUUCGACUCAAAGAGCAACUGCUGGCAGCAGAGAGAGUCGCCAGUGCCAACCGAGUCCUGCUGAGGAAACUUCAGGAGCAGGUACAACGAGUGCAUCAUCGUGUAGCAGUAAAGCAGCAGCAGGUUCUGCGUAUAGAGAGAGAACUUCUACUGUCCCAACCUGGAGUUCCCAAAAACAACUACAAACACAAGAACACACAGCAAUCAGCUGGUAAACGGCGGCGGUUGGAUGUAUCAGACUCUCACUACGCUAGUCUGAUGGAGCAGAAGAAGCGCCUACAGCAGUUGGAGAGCGAGUACGCACUUAAAAUCCAGAAGCUAAAGGAAGCUCAGGCUCAGCGUCAGGCCACCAACCUCACGGUGCCCUGCAGCGUCACCCAGCCCUCACUGCACGACCUCACACAGGAUAAACUCACGCUGACCAGCGACGACCCUUCUGAUGAGCCUGAACCCGAGGGCACGGAAACACACCCUGCUACUACCACUGCUCGCCGCCGAUCGUUCCGGGAGUCGGGAUCAUUUACCAAACCCAACCUGAGCCACGCUGAAACGCCGGCGGUUCCCACCGCAUCCCCUAUAGGCCCUACACCAGCAAAGACUUCAAUCAGCACAGCGCCCCCUGCAGAGUUUGUCCUGCUGGGUCUGAACCUGGACGAUCUUCGACUGCGCUAUGAAAAAUCUGAGACGUUCCCAGAGCUUCUGCAGCGGGAGCUCUGUGCAGUGGGGGGCGCUCUGCUCAACAUCAGGUCCAGUCAGAAGGUUGUGCAGGUGGAUUUUGACCCCAUAGCACCACAGCGAGUCCGCAGUGAGCUGAAACCGGCUCCUUUUGGUCCAUAUCAGAGUCCGCUCCUGGUGUUCAGAUCAUACAGGUUUAGUCCAUAUUUCCGGACUAAGGAGAAGUUGUCGUUGAGCUCGGUCACCUACAGUAACACUGUUGAACCUCGUAAGUGUUUCUGUCGGUUCGACCUGACGGGAACCUGUAAUGACGACGGCUGUCAGUGGCAACACAUGAGGAACUGCACUCUAAAUGGAAACCAGUUAUUUCAAGACAUCCUGUCCUACAGCCUUCCUCUGAUUGGUUGUUCUGAGGACAGCUCCACCAAUGAGAUUAUCCAAGCUACAGAGAGGUACAUUAAAAAGCUGUUUGGGGGCAGUAAGGACCGAAUGGGUUCAGAUCAGAAGGCUGUGCUGCUCGUCAGUAAAGUCAACGAGAGUUUACGCCAUAUACCACCGUACACAACAUACAAACAGAGGAGAAAAUGGAGACCUGAACCUCAGAGACCUGAUCCCCCCACCACUUCUACCCCAGAAAGUGAGGAGGAAAACAUUGCUGUACCAAUCCCACCUUCAGGGGGUGGGGAUGUAUCCGAGUGCUGGAGUGUAUCUGAUGUGUGUAUCACUCAGGACGAUAAACGAUAUUUUGAGAGUGAAACAGACGACAUCUCGAACCUGGAGUACAGCGUGUUAGAGUCACCCAGAGACCGACAACUGUGGAUUAAACUCGCCUACAGAUACCUGCAGCAGAGAGACAUCAAUGUGUCGGAGCGUGUGGAUGCAGCGUUGAACACACUCUCUCGUGCACUGGAGGAUAAUCGUGAUGAUGAUGAGUUGUGGUGUCACUACCUCACACUGUUUUCACGCCGUGGCAGCACUGACGACGUCAGAGAGAUGUGUGAUAUGGCUGUGGAACAUGCAGCACACUACAGCGUCUGGUGCACUUACUUAAACAUCGAAAGUACGUAUGAGGGGAAAGACAGGGUGUGUGAGCGGAUGCUGCAGUUUCUGAAUGAGACAGCAGGGGACACUGUGGAUGAGCUUAAUUCAUUCCGGCUGCUGGAGACAUUGCUGUACCGCGCCCAGCUCAGUGUGUACACUGGUCGAGUAAGCCACGCCCAGUUUCUGCUGCAGAGUGCCCUGGUGUCGGAGGGGGAGCGCGGAGUUUUGGGGCAUCUAACCCUGACCCACCGCUCCCUGGCGUGGCUCUGCUACAUCCACCUGUGUGAGUUUAAGAAGCUUCCAUCGGAACUGAGCGACCCUGCUAACUCCAACCCGUCCCGAAUGGUCAGGGUGGAGUCUUUCCUUCUCCCCUGGUCCACCAGUGAGAACCUGCAUACACCUUCAGAUCGCCUCAUCUCACUCUUCCAGGAUGCUUUAUCUCACUGUAUGGAUGAGUGUGUAUCUCCUGUGGAUCGGACUCUGGCGUGUCUGCCGCUCCAUCUUAACUUGCUACACGUGUACAGAAUUCUGGGAAGGCUGCAGGAGGCUGUUGCGCACUGUGAGACUGUACUUAGUGUGGUUCCUGAGUGCUGCCCCCUGCUGGAGAUACUCAGUGAGCUGCACACUGCUGCUGGAGAUGUAGAUGAAGCGACGAGUGUGUGGCUGCGAGCACAUAAACUUUCCCCUAAUGAUGCCAGAGUGUUUUACUGUCUCCUUAAACAUCUACACAGACAGGCAAGAUAUGAUGAGAUGGGCACUCUCUUUAAACAGUUUGUGUUGUUGCUGUGUGACUGUAAGCAGGAUGAACACAAUCCUCAAACCAUCAUUCGCUCCAUGCUUGGCCUCGAACCUGAAAACCUGCAACAACCUGUACGGUCAUUAUCUCCUGAUCUCCAGCAUCAGCUCCCCUACCUACACCUCACUUACAGUCUGUGGCAGGCAGUACGUGGCAGUGUGCCGGAUGCGGUGGAGGCUUAUGAGGCGGCGCUUGGAGCGGUGUCUGAUCUGGCCGUGGUGCAGAAGAUCUGGUUAGACUAUCUCCUCUUUACCAGCAGUACGUUGGCAGGACAGGAGUUGCGAGUGUUGAGCGAUUUGGUGCAACGCUGCUUAAACACGGUACCCGCCAGAAUAACACUUCCCCACAACAGUGCCACCUACUGGAGCUGCUUCACUUUUCACAACCAGGUUAUUUCUUUCUAUCUGAGUUCUGUUCCACCGUCGCAUCACUCGCCUGUGCUGGAAAGAUUCAGAUCCACACUGCCAACCAACACUGAGCUCAGCAUCAAGGUGUUACAGCAGGAGUGGAUUGAUGGGAAUCUGGAAAAUUUGAAGCAGCAGGCGCGUCUGAUUACUGCAGCUUUUCCAAACUGUUUGUCUGGAUGGAGGAUAUUGAUUGCUGUGCAGAAGGAACUGAAGAGUCGAUCUGAGGUGCAGAAGCUCUACCAGCAGGCUCUACAGAAGAUGCCACUUUGUGCUGCUCUGUGGAAAGAUUGGCUCCUGUUUGAAGCUGCUGCAGGAGGUAAAAGUGAGACACUGAAUCAGCUGCUGUUGAAAUGUGAGGCAUCAGGAGUGAGUCUGAGUGAAGCACUCAGUGUGUCGGAUCCACCUUAAAUUCUACAGUCACCACCAGUACCCACCCCUCCCCCAUCCUUUUAUCUCUCUUCCCCCCCCCCCAUGCCCUACACUCACCUAUACCCCCCCUCCACACACACACACACACACACACACACACACACCUUCCAUCACAUCGCAUACACACCUCACACUACACAGUGUGUGUGUGUGUGUGUGUGUGUGUGUGUAUAUCCUGCUGAAGAACAGGAAGUCGUCUGUACGUAAGUAUGGAUCUGAUCUCAGCUGCCUCUUUAGUCGUUGUGUUGCUUCUGUGUUUUAUUGAUUUGAUUUUAGUUUUGUCGGUGGAUCUGAGUUAACGGACGGUUGCCCGCCAUGUAACCAUGGUGACAGAGACAAUGUUGUAGACAUUAAUGUACAGCGGAUGUACAGAGGAGGCAGGUGACUCUUCAUUAUCGCUCUUGCUUAAAGAGCUUAGAAAAAUCCUGCUGGAUAAAAGAGGAAGAGCAAUUCGACCUGUCUGCGUUUUAUCAACACUUCAGAAGAAUAUACCAACACCGUUUGGCAUUCCGGCAUAUUAAACUCCGACAGGCCUGCUUCAGUUCCGACAGUCCAGGACCGGUCCAGCUGCUACUGUGCAAACGGGUUUUUUUUAAUUAAUUCAAAUAUAAAUUAAAAGUAUGCAGGAAGAUGCAGAAAUGAUUUUCAACUUAUUUUGUAAUUAAAAUAUUUCCAUUAAAUUAUUUUCUAAAGAAA